AUGGGAACACUAGGAAAUAUAACACACGUAAUAUUUGAUUUGGAUGGACUUAUUCUAAACACAGAGGUUCUCUACGACGUUGCAAUCCAGAAGAUCUUAGAUAGAUUUGACAAAACAUAUACGUACGAUCUGAAAAUGAAAGUCAUGGGAAUGAAAUAUCACAAAGCAAUGGAACUUAUUCAAAAAGAACUUGACAUUCCGAUCUCACCCGAUGACUUGGUCACUGAAAGUAUGAACAAUCUUAAGGAACUAUUCAUGAAAUGUGGAACCAUGCCCGGCGCUGAGAAAUUAAUCCGACAUCUAGAAAAACAUAAUAUUCCAAUGUGUAUAGCAACUGGAAGCUCAUCAGCUGAUUACCAGCUCAAAACUCACUCUCACAAAGAUCUGAUCAGCUUGAUGGAGUUCGCUGUACGUUCUGAUGAUCCCGAGGUUAAGUUUGGAAAACCUAAUCCUGAUAUCUUUCUUCUUGCCAUGAGCAGGUUCAAGUCACCGCCUGUUUCUUCUAAGAACUGCUUGGUGCUGGAGGAUGCCCCGAAUGGUAUUAAAGCAGCUUUAGCAGCCGAGAUGAUGUGCGUGAUGGUGCCGGAUCCUAGACUGCAAGCUAUCCCACCAGCUCACUUAGUAUUGAAGUCGUUAGAAGAGUUUAGUCCUACAAGUUUUGGGUUACCUCCGUUCUAAGUCAUGAUAUUGGCAACAAAGUAGAUAUAUAGCGCAUGCUUGGGUAGCUUUUUCUUUCACGAGGUAAUUUAUUGACUUUUAUGGAAUGCUGUCUAAACAUAUUCAUUUCAGGAUUCAUUUACUUGACCCCACCAA